AUGACGACAUUUAAAAAUGGUCGAACUUCAGUUUCUGCAUCAACUAAUGCUCUUCUUGCCAUUCCUUAUUCACAUACGAAUGGUGAAACUCGAAAUUUUGAUUUAACUACAUCAUCUCAAGAUACUACAGCAUAUACGGCUGCUGAUCCACCUUAUAUAUCAAGUCAAUUGAAAAGUUCUGAAUGGCUUCAACGUUAUGGUUUAAAAGCGCAGAAAUUAACAUUUGAUCAAAUUCUUCAACAAAUUGGACUUAAGCGUAUUGAAAAUUUCAAUGCAUCACGUGGUAAAACAGUCGAUACUAAAUAUGCUGGUAAUAUUUAUCAUGAAAUACAACAGGAUAAUGGUGAUCGAUAUGUUUUGACAUGUCGACCGGAAAAAUUAGCUGAAUAUCGAUAUCGUUUGAUACGAAUGUUAAAUUUAUUACGAAAACGUUUAACAUUUAUAACAAGUGGAUCACGUCGUGCAUUUGGAAUAAUUGGAGAACCAAGUGUUUGUUUUGUAUGUGAUUGUAAAACAUCUGAUCAACGAAUAUUAAAUCAAUUUCAAACGAUUUUAAUAAGUUUAUUUAAAGAACAAGUUACAAAAAUCAAACGAUUUAAUAUUAUUUGGGUUUCAAAUGAUAAUGAACAAUUUCAACAACAACCGAUUGAUGUUACAUCAACAACUAUUGAUCAAGCUAUUGAUUGGAUAUCGAAUCGAAAAUGUCUUCGAAGUAAAAUUUCAAUGAGUGCAACAUGUGAAGCUAUGCUUAAAGCAUUUAAUAACGCUGUUCAUAGUAUUUAUUUAAUAAGUGAAGGUACUUCAUCUGAUUCAGCACGUGAAAUGUUACGAGAUAAUAUUGUUAAAACACGUCUUUCAUCAAAAGCAUCUAUACCUAUACAUGUUGUUUCAUUAUUUUGUCAUAAUAAUGAUACAGAAAUUUUUCUUCAAUCUAUAGCUCAAACUGCUGAUGGCAGUUAUAUGUCAUAUAAAAUUAACAAUGAAAUAAUUGAUUUAAAAUCUUCAUCAAAUGUAAAUGAUCCAACACGAAUUAAAUUACAAGAUAAUAAAUUACAAUUUGGUACAAAUACAUUAAUACCUAAAACUGAACAUCCAACUGAUACGUCAUUAAUAUAUAAAGAAAUACUUCAAUGUCAAAAUAUAAUUGAUCGUUUAGAAAAAAUUCUUGGAUCUGUACGAGAUGAAAAUGUGAAUCCAAUACAAAAAAUUGAUACAACAAAAUCAUUAGAUUCAAUUAAUACGUCUAAUAAAAUAAAUAAAAAUGAAAAUAAUUUACAACGAAGUCUUGUUAUACAAUCAUCAGCAUUAUUUAAUAAUGAUGAAAAAGAUAUGGCAUCAAUAGAUUGGCUAAAAAUCUAUGGAAUAAAUGCACAAAAAUUAGAUUUUUUUUCUGUUCUUCAAUCAGCUGCUUUACAACAUUGUGAUGGAGUUGUUACUUCAUUGAAGUCAACAGAUAGUGUCAAUGGAAAAAAUAAUUAUACUCAAGCUAUUUCCAAAGAUAAAUUAAUCAAUGCAAAAUAUUGUGAUCAAUUUGCUCAUGUUACAUGGCCAGAUGGAACAAUUCGACAUGUUUAUGUUACACCAGAACUUUAUCGAGAUUAUGAAAGACGAAUGAAAGCUUUACUUGAAAAAGUUAAAGCACGAUUACAAUGGUUAAAAAAAGGAAGUCGUGAUAUUUUUGGUACAAUAAUAGAAAAUAAUAUUUAUCUUCUAAUUGAUACAUCAAAAAGUAUGCAAGAUCAUUUGACUUUUCUCAAAGAAAAACUUCGUUUAUUAAUCCAAGAUCAACUAUUUAGCAAAGAACGUAUUAAUAUAGUAUCAUUUAAUACAACAAUUAAUCCUUGGCGUGAUCGUUUAACAAAAAUAAAUACUUCAAUAAUAAAUUCACAACUUCAACCAUGGAUUGAUGGACUUUAUGCUGAAGGAUCAACAAAUACAUUAGCUGCAAUUCGUUAUGCAUUUGCUGAUCCUAGUACAGAAGCUAUUUAUUUAUUAACUGAUGGACGACCUGAUCAAAAUGAACGACAUAUUCUUUCACAAGUUCAAUAUCGUCAAAAACUUCCAAUUCAUACAAUAGCUUUUAAUUGUCAAGAUUCAACAGCAAAUCAAUUUUUAUUUGAUUUAGCUAAACAAACAGGCGGACGUUUUCAUGCAUUUAAUUAUGGUUUUGAAAAUGAAUUAUCAAUUGAAAUUCCUGAAAGUGAAGAUAUUAGUUAUCUUAAACAAGAAUUAGCACAUGGUGAAAAAGAUUUACAACGUAUAGCUGAUUUACGUGAUGAAUGUAUCAGUCGUGCAUGGUCACAUGAUAAUGUGCAAACAACAUAUCCAAGUUUACAAGUGAAUGAACUUUCAGUUUCAUUACCAUUUCGAAAUUAUCAAACAUUGGAUAUGACACUUCAAUCGGGUAGUUCUCCAAUGUCACAAAGAAUAGAUCGAAAAAAACGUUCAUCAAUAAGUUCAAAUCGUAAACGAAAAACUAAAUCAGCAACACGAUUAUUUGAACAAACAAAUACAAAUAAUUUAAAUUAUAGUCAAUGGCUUUUACCAGAAACAGAAGAAUAUUUAAAAAAUAGUGAUAGAAAACGACAAUAUACAUCAAUUAUAGAAAAUGAACAACAACCACAAGCUCUCUUAACAGAAUCAACAAAAAAACUUCCAACGCCAUUUGAUGAAGUAAAUUCAUAUUUAAAAAAGAAUAGUUUAGUUUCAAGACAUUUAACUAUAUUUGAUGUACUUCAUCCGAUAUCGGUACCAGUAAAAGAGCCACAUCAUGUUCAAGUAAUUGAUCGUUAUGUACUUGCCAAAGUUUGGGAUGAUAUUUUACCAUUAACAUAUGCAUCAAAUGUUAAUAAACUCCGAUUAGUUAAUCAUUAUGCUGUUAAUUUAGAGCAAUAUGAAAUCAAACUUAAAGACUUAAUUACUGAUUAUUAUCAAUUUACUUCGAAAUUCAUUUGGAAAUGUUUAAAUGAUGAAGAUAAACAAAGAAUUGGUCCACAUAUCUAUUGGAUUAGUUUAUCAAAAGAAGAUCAAUAUAAAUAUGCUCAAGAAAUAACCAAAGAAGAACAUAAAAAUGAAGGUGCAUUGGAAUUAUUUGUAUGGCGAAAAUUAAACGUCGAAGAACAAAAUAAUUUAUUACAAAAGCCUCCUAUUUAUGAUGAAAAAACUGAAAAUUUAUUAAAAAAUGCUUUACAAAAUGCUGAAGUUGAAUCAGCUUUACAAGGAGUUAUGCGUAUGGAUGUUGAAAUAAAACGUGCUAUAAAAUUUUUACAAAUUUCAACUGAUAUACGUCGACAUAAAAAACGAACUAAUACUGAAUCAAAACAAAAACUUGAACAAAAACAAAUCAUAAAACGAAAAUCAUCAAUGAAUCAAAGUAUUGGUAAACGAGUUAUUUGUCGUUAUGAUGGUGAUGGUUAUUUCUAUACGGGUACAAUACAAAAAAAUCAAGAUGGUCGAAUAGUUGUUUUAUUUGAUAUGGAUAUUGAACAGGAAGCAAGUGGACAUACUCUCUUACCUUUAAACAAUUCAAAUAGUCAACUUAUUUUAUUUCUACUUGAUUAUGUACUUGUUCGUCAAAUCAAAGAGAUGGAAGAAUAUUGGGUACCAGGUGUUGUUUCAUGUCUUCCAUCAUCAUAUGUUUUACCAUCUAAUUUAUAUAUGAUACAAAUAUAUGAUCCAAGUCCAAAAAAAAUUUAUGUACAUCGAAAAGAUAUAAUUAGAAUCACUUUAGGACUUUUUCAAAGAAGUGUUCUUUAUCUUGAAAAUAUUAAUCAAAUACCUGUAACGCAUCAAUGUCGAAUCCUCAAAGAACCAGAAACAUCACCACGAUCAUCAUCGCUAUCCCAAGACGACGUUAAAAAUCUUCUUCAUGAAUUUAGCGAUCCAUUAACAGAAAAACUUACACAUAUUAGUAAAUCACAUAACAAACGUUUUAAUCAACUUCAAAAAAUCUUAGAAGAUCUAUUGAAUGCAGUUAUAAUUUUACAAGACCAACCAGCUAAAACACAAGUUAAAGUUGAAUAUGCUCAAACGGUUCAAGUGCCAUCACCAAUACCAACACCAAUACCACCAACAGAUAGAUCCGAUUCUUCAAGAUCUACAUCAAAACGAAUGUCAAGUACUUGGCCUAUUGAACCCGAAACACAUGUAUAUGCUGUAUGGUCUGAUGAUGAUGGACUUGUUUAUGAGGGUAUUGUAAUAAAAUCAAAUGGUUCAAAUAAUUAUAUUGUUGAACGCACUGAUUUUCCUGGUAUUCAAAGUACUAUAUCGCGUAAUGAUAUAUUUCUUAAUUCAAAUCUCUGUCAUUUAAAACAUAUGGAAGCUGAAUCAUUUGCUCUUAUUAAAUAUCCAAAGGAUUCUCGUCAAUGUUAUUGUCCAGCAGUAAUUCUUCGUCAUCUUGAUUAUGGAACAAAAACAAAAGUUCGUUUUUAUGAUUGUUAUGAAGAAGAUCUAGAAAAUGAUCAAUAUGUUAUACCAAUACAUGAACAACAAUUUGAACGUUAUACUGCAUUACGUAUUGAAAAAGAAAAAUCUCUUAUUAAUCAAGUUAUUGUUGGUUUAAAUGAACAAAAUGAACAAACAAAAACAUUUAUGUUAGGUACAAUUAAAACUCGUGAAGGAACUGGUCAUUUGUAUAAAAUACAGUGGUGUAAUGAACGUACAUCUGAACAAAUUGAUGAACAUUUAUUUGGUGCAUUUUCUCGACGUUAUAAACAUAGAAUUGAUGAUUAUGUUUUAGCUAUUGAUAAUAAGGAUGCUAUUUAUAAAUUAGCCAAAGUUCAAUCUAUAUCAAAUGAUCGAAAAAAUUUAAAAGUUCAAUUUAUUAAUUUAAAUAAAAAUGAUAAUAGUUUAUCACCACAAGAAGCUGAUGUUCCAGCAAUGACUACAUUUGUAAUUACUGAAGCAUAUUAUAACAAGAUUAUUAAUAUUCUCUCAACGUGA